AUGCUUUCGAUGGAGAAGCAAAAAAAUUACGCUCUUUGUUCGUUUGUCAGAGACACCCUGGCAUUGCACGUGCACCCCAAAAAAAUUUAUAACCGUUCGAUUUACGGCACCCCUAUGAACGCAAGCAUAAUCUACGAUGAGCUCGGCCGUGCAAUCACCAUCUCUUCCAAACUAAAAGCGAAAAGCACUUCGCUGAAGGACUCGAUCACCACAAUUAAGGGUAUAUCCUCGCUGCUGGAAACCUCGCUCGGGCCCAACGGGCUGGACAAGAUCUUACAGAGCCCUGAUGAUGACAUCACAAUCACAAACGAUGGCGCCACUAUACUCAAGGAGAUGAUCAUGACAGAAAACCCGAUUAGUAAGCUGCUGCAGCGGCUUAGUAGCGCGCAGGAUGAGGAGAUUGGCGACGGAACAACGAGCGUGGUUCUCAUCGCCUCGGCACUGCUCACAAAAGCGGAGAAGCUGAUUGAGAAGGGCAUACAUCCCAUCAAGGUGAGCGAGGGCUACGACGUCGCCUGCAAGAUGGUGGUUGAGCACCUGGAGAGCAUCAAAGAAGAAAUAAAACCUAACUGGCUGAAGGAAAACAUGAAAAAUGCUGCGCUCACCUCCUUGAAUUCGAAGAUUGUCCGGAAAGCAAAAGAUGCCGUCGCAGAGGUUUGUGUGAAUGCCAUUUUGAGGGUGUGUGACAGGGACAGGAGGGAUGUGGACUUCGAGCUGAUCAAGAUCGUGAAGAAAAUCGGCACAGACUUCAAAGGUAUUGAAUUGGUGAACGGCGUGCUUCUUGACAAGAGCUUCUCGCACUCUCAGAUGAAGAAAGUUGUUGAAGACGGACGCAUUGCGCUUCUGACCUGUCCUUUUGAGCCACCGAAGCUGAAGACGAAAAACGAGCUCAGAAUAUCAUCCGUUGAGGAUUACAGGAGCCUGGAGAACUACGAGAAAGAGAAAUUCGUUGAAAUGAUAAGGUGCAUCAAGAACGCCGGCGCAAAUGUCAUCCUGUGCCAGUGGGGAUUUGAUGACGAGGCAAAUUCGCUUCUCAUGGAGCACGGACUGCCUGCUAUACGAUGGGUGGGCGGCCAAGACCUUGAGCUUGCUGCUGUCUACACCGGAGGGUCGAUAAUCUCGCGGUUUGAAGACCUGCGAGAGGAGGAUCUGGGCAAGGGAAGCUUAAAAGAAGUUACGCUGGGAACACAGGGCGAAAAAAUGAUCAAGCUUGAAAACAAUGACGGUAAAACUGUGACGAUUCUUGUGCGGGCAUCGAGCGAUUUAGCCCUUGCAGAGGCGGAACGGUGCGUUACGGAUGCCUUGAGUGCAGCCAGAAAUAUCCUGACCUGCCCAUUUUUGGUGUAUGGUGGUGGUAGCUCUGAAAUAGCGUGCUCACUGAAGCUGCUUGAUCAACUCAACAAGGUUGAUGAUGGCGAGGAAAGAGAGUGCCUGGAGGCUUUUGCAUCCGCUCUUGAGGAGAUCCCGCUCAUACUUGCACGCAACUCCGGCCUUGACUCGUUAAAAACCUUGGAUAGCCUCAAGGCCGAGCAGGUGCGAACCAAAUUUUCAUUUCUAGGCGUUGAUUGCAUGGGAAGUGGCAGUGACAUGAAGAAGAACAAAGUGUUUGACUCGCUGAUAUCGAAGAAAAAGCAGAUGUUGAUGGCUACGCAGCUUGUCAAUAUGGUGCUGAAGAUCGAUGAGAUUGUUUACGUUCAAGAAUAAAUUGUUAUUGUGCUACGG